ACCAGUCUCCGGCGAACAAUCGCCCAACUCCGACAAUGGCAGCGAUCCACUCAGCGUCAACAUAUUUCAUAUCCAACAUCUCCUUUGUCCUUUCAUAUCUAAGCUAGUUACUCAUGAAGCUUUACUAGGGUAUUUCUUGAUCACUGGAACACUUUUUUCCUUCAUCUGCAACAUUCUCUUUGAAAUUUCUGAAACCCUAGAAACACCAGAAGCUUUCUUAUAAGCUAGGUUUGGUCUUGAAUCGAGACUAGCCAUAUCCUAGAUUUUUCAACAUUCCCAAACCCAAUUGAAGCUACUGCUUAUAUGUAACUUUAGAACUUGAAUCUAAAUAUAAUAAUUAUAUCUACAACUUCCUGAAGCACUAUUCGAUUCUUCUCAUCCAAUGCCAUGAAUUGUGAGCUUAAAUUAAUUUUCUUACUACAAUCAUCAAAACCCUAACAACGGAGAACCGCGUCGGAAUUGAGAUUGGACUGGAGGGAGAUGAAGGAUACGGAAAACGGGUAGUGGGUUUAUGGAUGUGGUUUUUGGUUAGUAGAUCCCCCAACCGUUGGAUUGGAAUGUGGUCGCACACUCAUUGGAGCUCAUUGGGCCAUCUCUUUGAUUGGAGACGAUCCCGAACCGUCUUGGUUCCAAUUUUGUUCCCAUAGAACACCAGAACCACUCCCCCAGAAUGGAACCAAACAUGACCAUAGUGACCUCCACCACCACACUACCACAGUCCACAAGAUCGAAAUACCCGCCUUUCAAAUUCGAUCCUGAGGCCACUAUAAAAACCCAAAGUCUUCAAAGUUCAAACAGUAAACGGUUGGCCAAAGAUCUAGGAAUGAGAGAGCUCGUUAUCGUUGGCUCUUCCCUUCUUCUCCCUCCAAACCCAACUCCUUCCCAUCGCUAUCCUAUCAGCAGCAAGUACAAGCCCUCACCCCUCAGUUCAAUCUCUCAUUCUCCCGCAAAAUCAACAUGUUUGUCUCCCGAUCGUACCGCCGGCGCCGAUGCCGGUACCAGGCCUGCGCGUACUCCUCUGCUCAUGAACGUCGGUCAGGAUCUGACGCGACAAGGGAGACAUCUGAAAUACUAUGCGGACCUUGCGUCGAAGCUUGUCGAGGAUGGCAGGCUUGAAGACUUCUUGAUGAUUGCGGAGAGCGUUUUGGUUUCAGGUUCUGAGACGGAAACUUUGCAGUUUGCUGCUUCGUUGAAUAUCAAGCUCGUCUCUGCCGGAAUCCUGCGUUUUCUUCGUCAGGGAAGGGUACAGACUGUUGUGGAGUUUCUGAAUAAGGUCCAGAAGCUAGGACUUUCUCCGUCGGCCCUGUUUGAUGAAUCCGCAAAGGAGUUCCUGACGCUAGAAUGUCGUAGACUUUUAGAAGCCGGUAAACUGGAGGAAUUUGUUGAUUUGAUGGACAUUCUCGCCGGUUUCCAGUUCUGUAUUAAAGAAUUUAUCGACCCACUUGAAAUUGUAGCUAUGUGCACUGAGAAACGUAACCCUCAUUUGGCUGUAAGGUACGUAAGUAUGCUUCCAGAUGCACAUGUUUUGUUCAGUUCCAUCAUUCAUGAAUUUGGAAAGAGACAGGAUCUGGCAUCUGCUUUGAUUGCAUAUGAAGCUUCAAGGAGCAAGUCAGACAAGCCUAAUAUGUAUGCAUGUCGCACUAUAAUUGAUGUUUGUGGUGUCUGUGGUGACUCUUUAAGAUCUCGAUACAUUUACAAGGACUUACUCGCUCAGAAGGUCAUCCCCAAUACUUAUGUUUUCAACAGUCUCAUGAAUGUCAAUGCCAAUGAUUUGAAUCACACCUUAUAUGUCUACAAGCAAAUGCAAAGCCUAGGUGUUAUUGCAGAUGUGGCGUCUUAUAAUAUACUCUUAAAGGCAUGCUCUCUUGCUGAAAGAGUCGAUUUGGCACAAGAAAUUUACAAGGAAAUAAAGCAUAUGGCAUCAAAAGGGGCACUGAAAUUGGAUGUCAUCACAUACAGCACUAUUGUUAAGGUCUUUGCAGAUGCAAAAAUGUGGCAAAUGGCUCUGAAAGUCAAAGAAGACAUGCUUUUGUCUGGUGUUACUCCAAAUUUAGUUACAUGGUCUUCAUUGAUCAAUGCAUUUGCCAAUGCAGGUCUUGUAGAGAAGGCGAUUCAAGUAUUUGAAGAGAUGCUCCUUGCAGGUUCUGAGCCUAAUACACAGUGUUGCAACAUUCUUCUUCAUGCUUGUGUUGAGGCAUGUCAGUAUGACAGAGCUUUUCGUAUGUUCCAGUCUUGGAAGGAGAGUGGGGUCUGGAAGAUUUGUGAUACAAAAUUAAGUAAUGGCAAGAUGCACAAUCUAGUUACUAGGCAGACAGAUAAUGCGAGUGAAGAUUGUGAUAUGCCAGGUGGUGUCUCUGAUCCACAUCAUUCGAAUUUCAUUAAACCGUUUCCCUUUGCACCUACAACCACGACAUAUAAUAUUUUGAUGAAGGCCUGUGGUACUGAUUACUACCGUGCUAAAGCUUUGAUGGAGGAGAUGAAGACAGCAGGUCUCUCUCCCAAUCACAUUAGCUGGACAAUAUUGAUUGAUAUUGGUGGAAACUCUGGAAAUGCUGGGGGUGCUAUGCAGGCUCUGAAAACUAUGCAAGAUGCUGGAAUUAAACCUGAUGUUGUUGCAUACACGUCAGCCAUCAAGGCUUGUGUAGAAAACAAAAAGUUGGAGAUCGCAUUUUUAUUAUUCGAAGAAAUGAAAAGGCAUAGAUUAAAACCAAAUUUGGUGACAUAUAAUACACUUCUAAGAGCCCGUAGCAGAUAUGGUUCCGUACAAGAAGUACAGCAAUGCCUGGCUAUAUAUCAAGAUAUGCGGAAAGCAGGGUACAAUUCCAAUGACUAUUACCUCAAGCAAUUAAUUGAGGAGUGGUGUGAAGGAGUAAUACAGGAUAGCAAUCAAAAUCAAGGCCUACUGGCCUCAGGAAGUUCUUCUAUCAAAACUGAUCUAAAGAAACCUCAAAGUUUUCUUCUUGAAAAAGUUGCUGGUCACUUGCAAAAGGAUAUCACUGAGAGCCUCAUGAUGGAUCUUCGAGGCCUUACCAAGGUUGAAGCUCGUAUUGUUGUUCUGGCAGUUUUGUGGAUGAUCAAAGAGAGCUGCGCUCUAGGAAAUCCAAUCAAAGAUGACAUGAACAUCAUUCUAGGAACCAAGGGAAAAGGUCCGGGCACAAACCAUGUUUCUGAGGUGCAGGAUGCAGUAAUCAAACUUCUGCAGAAUGAACUGGGUUUAGAAGUCAUCCUGGAAGGACCUAGAAUUCCAAUUACUAGAAAUGAUUUUGGAAGCCCUUUCACUCUAGACAUGAACAAUGAAAAUCAGGUGAACAACAGGCUGCCCAUUGACUUUGAACCCAUGGCCAGAAGACCUGCAGUUUUACAAAGGCUAAAGGUUACAAGGAAGUCAUUGUAUCACUGGUUGCAGAGAAGAGUAGGUGUCAUUAGAAGAUAAGUAACGCACUACAUCCUCCAAAUCCAAUUUUGCAUGUAUAUUUGUGCUAUAUUUUUGUAUUUUAUUGUUAUACAAAUUCUGAAGCAGAACAAGCUCACUACAUUGUAAUAUUCACAGAUACCCUACGUCAUUGGAAAUAGUAUCUGUACAGCUGAUGCUGCGAAUUAGAAAAGAAAACUGUUUUUCUUC